AACCCAGGGCUGGACACAGCUGUUUGUAGGGAUGAGUGGGUUAAUGCAAAAUCUUGCUACUUUGUUUACUCAAGUGAAUUGAAAUAGUUGUGUACAGUCUUGCGAGACUUUUUCGAGCGUUGUUCAGAGAAUGUUCCUAGGAAACGUCAUUUCCCCUAUCGAGCAAUUGAAGAUGGCUGCCGUUUUAGAAAGAGUCGAGGGAGGUUUUGGAGCCCUGGAUUGCGACUCGGCGUUACCGAGAUUGUCUACACCACCACCGGAUCAACCACACCAGAACAACCCGCUCUUAGGACUUCCCAUUGUGGCGAUUGAGACUAUUCUCAAUUUCCUGUCUUACGACGAAAUCAGCCUGCUACGCUUGGUAUGCAAGCGCAUGGACAUGAUCAAUCAGCGCAUGCUGAACCAAGGCUUCCUCAAGGUGGAGCGUUACCACAGCCUGUGCCAGAGGCAGGUCAAAGCCCAGCUUCCAAGGCGGGAGUCGGAGCGGAGGAACCACUCACUGGCCCGUCACGCUGACAUCCUGGCUGCUGUAGAAACGCGCCUCUCGCUACUCAACAUGACCUUCAUGAAAUAUGUGGACUCCAGUCUUUGCUGCUUCAUCCCUGGCAAGGUGAUUGAUGAGAUCUACCGUGUGCUGCGCUAUGUGAACUCUACACGUGCGCCCCAGCGGGCUCAUGAGGUGCUGCAAGAGCUGCGGGACAUCUCUUCCAUGGCCAUGGAGUACUUUGACGAGAAGAUCGUCCCCAUCCUGAAAAAGAGGCUUCCUGGGGCCGACCUGUCAGGGCGCCUCAUCGGAUCUGCCCCAGUGGCCGGCCCCUCCACCUCCCUGACCACCAUGUCCCUGCUGGCCAAGAACACGCCGUCACGCUCUGAGAUGACCAAGGUGCAACAGCAGGUAAAGAUGAACGGGGCGUCCAUGACAGUGCUGCGGCGGGAAAAUCAGGAGGUGCGCGUCAAGCAGCUGGAGCAGCAAAAGCAGCUGCAGGACCAGGAGCAUAAGCUGCUGGAGCAGACUCAGGUUAUCGGGGAGCAGAAUGCCCGGCUGGCUGAGCUGGAGCACAAGCUCAGGGAACUGAUGGACAGUGCGGUGGGGGGAGGUGCCAGGCCGGCCGUAGCCGCCUCCACCUCAGCAGCUUCUUCCUCGACGGGCUCUGCUGCCGUCACCACGGCAACCAGUGCCAUGGUCGCAGUGGUGGCGACGGUGGGUAGCCCGCCCUUGAAACGCACCAGGAAGAGCUCAGACCUCCCGCGCCAGUCCAAACGCCUGCGCAGCAAGAAAUAGGACACAAUGUUUUUUUUGUUUUCCCUGAUUGCACAUCCCACCAUGUCCUGUGACAUUUAUUUUAAUUCUCAUUGUUUGGAAUGUCUUUAGGAGAUGGGGGGGGGGUCAUGGUGAAGGAGUCCGGAGUUGCUCUGUUUCCCUUGCGUUGAAUUCCCCUUGUCAUAUUCUUCUCAAAUUCCUAGAGAAACUACACCAUGGACAUGUUUAUGCUGAUUUGGCCAGCAUAUUUGGGCAAGAGUGCCAGUAGUCUCCACAGUUUAACCACUGACUCUUAAACCCACUAAGAAUUUGCACACUAGUUGACAAGGUGAGGGUUAGUUUGACAAGUCAAACGCCAAUCUUGGUGUUCACUCUUUUUCUUGUCCAUCAACAAAAGUCAAUCCACAUUAGGUUGUUGGCUCCUAGUCGGGAGAGUUUUUGCAGUGAGGCAAGAAGUAAUGAGAGCUUUCUAAUAUGCAUCGCUUAACUACUGAAGAGGUUGACUUUGGUUAAAAAUGCAUUUGAAAUAUUGGAUAGACGAGACCACUCAGGAUAAUGGAUGUUUAAAUUCUGCCUCUGAGCCAAUUUUGUUCUUAUUGAUGCAAAUACCACUUAGGUUUAAGAUGACAUUUUCUUAUUGUGUUCUCUGUUGGCCAGGUGGGGUUGAUUGAGAAAUAUAUACUUGUGCAAUAUUCUUCAUUUUCUGAGACGGGCUACAUUUUAAGUAUUUGAUUCCUGCAUCGAGAGGAUUAUAUCCCAAAUGUGGUUCAAUAAAAUUAAAGGAAGUUGGUCUCGAUUUCCAAAAAAUAGAAAUGAGUUUAUUUUAGCCAGGUCCUGGGAGAUCACACGUCUUGAUGAAAAGGACCGUUUGAGGGUUCCUGUUUUAAUGAACAGUGUUCAGCUAGCAUUAGUGAAAUGACACUUUGAUUUUAAAUGCAUUUCUGUGUUCCACAUGAAGAUGCAGUCUGGCACUCCAUGUUGCAUUGAAGACAGGCAGGCUGUGGCGAUUGAUCAUGUAGCCAAGGGAGCGUCUAAAGCCAUGGUGCCUGGGGAAAUUAAGGGAGUCUUUACAUUGAGCAAUGGAAGGACAGCUAUAGGAUCCCACUAAAGAUAGUUUUCAGAGAUCAAUCAUUUCACCAUGAAUUCUUCCUUCAGGGCAAGAGUCAUUUUGCUCCACCGUUAUAAGUUUUGGCAAUGCCUGUCAUUGAUGAAAUACUAGUCUGUGUAAAAUUAUAUGCAGUCAAGUAUCUGCUGUCUUUGGGGAAGAUUAAUCAAAGAUUUAUCGAAGAGGUAGAAAUGACCCUCUGUAUUGAUUGACCAGACUGGUGAUUCUGAGGUCAAAGGUAAAUAUUCCACUUAGAAAAUGUCUCCACUCCAGUGUAUUUAGUCAGUUGUCAUCUAGACCUACUGAUCUUAUUGUUACGCUGUCUUUGUACACAGUUAAGUCCCAUGUAACACCAAGUUCAUCUGUUCAAGAAAUAUUCAGAUUUGCCAAAUGACUGUCGUGCAACUACAGUAGUCUACCAAUGUAAGACCUAUUAAAGAUACAUUGUGGAAGUAGUUCUACUAAAAGUGACAAGGUUUUUAAGUCUUCUCCCUGAUUGCUAUAAACACACUUGCACAACAGCGCCCUUCCCAUUUCAAGAUCUCAGCACACAGUUCUCUUUUCAGCUUGAGUCCAUAAUGCGGCUGGAAAUGUAAGAAUGACCUCAACUACUUGUGGCAUGAAAUCUCUGUGUGGCAUACUGGGAAAUGCAGUUCACAACUGAGUGGACUCAAGCGUGUAUUCUAAACGGACUGGGCAGGAAACAGUGUUAUCUAGUGGCUUAAUUUGAGACUGCGUCUCACUUUAGAAAUGAGUGUACUGUAAACUUCAUGUACUUAAAGUGUAGAUUGUGGAUUAUAAUGUAUGUAUAAGAGUGUAAAUUGGCCAAACUGUAUGGGUUGCGCACUUUACCGUUACAAGUACAAAUUACGCAUUAAAAGAAGUUAACAUGUUGA